AUGGAGUACCAGAGCCCUUUGAACGAAAAUACACCCGAGUCGCCGCCGAACAUGCCCCAGGAACAGGAGUCGUCGCCUGUAACUCAGAAGGAGCAGCAACCAAAGAGAAGGUCGUUUCGAGAUAUGGUGAAUAAUCAGAAACAACAUGUGGAGCUGAAAUAUGAUGAUGUAGGGAAGGAUAAAGAAGAGGAUGAAGACGUCUUUGUGGAUAUGUCUAGCUCUAUGCCCGAAAUAAAGAUUGCAAAGAAAUUUUUUGAACAAAUCCACAAAGAAUGGCAGAAUGCUGUAGGCGUGCUGAGGGAGCGUGGAAAGCGUGUGUUUAAAGGUCGGGGAAGGGCUCUAGGGAAGACCAACAAUGACAACAAGAAAACCGGAGCAGUUAAUGAAUCCGGAAAUCAACCAGGGGCCGGAAACAAACAUUGA